AUGCCCUUCCUCACCAGGUCGCACCCCUUGCGCAACGACUAUGCCAAUAGCAACAGCCACACCGGCAGCGACUCCGGCAGCGGCUCUGCGCUACCCAACGCCAAUGAGAAGCCCAAGACGGAGCUCAAGCCCGAAGAUGUCGCGAGCGAGCUGCCCUUUGCCUAUUCGCGCAGAAAGAAAUGGCUGAUCCUCUGCGUCGUGUUCCUCGUGCAGGUAUCGAUGAACCUCAACACGACACUCUACAGCAACGGCAUCCCCGGCAUCGCCAAGGAGUUUGGCGUCACGGAGGAGGCUGCGCGCUGGGGCGCGGCGGCCUUCCUCAUCGCCUACGCGUUUGGCUGCGAGCUCUGGGCGCCCUGGUCCGAGGAAUUCGGCCGCAAAAUUAUUCUCCAGUGCUCCAUGUUCAUGGUCAAUGUCUUUGGCAUCCUCGCCACCGUAGCACCCAACUUUGGAGCAAUCUUGGCGGCUCGCACCCUUGGCGGUAUCUGCACGGCUGGAGGAUCCGUCACGCUCGCCAUCAUCACCGACAUGUUUGACAGCCACGAUGACGACUUCCAGUACGCCACGGCGUUCAUCGUCUUUUCUUCUGUCGGCGGAAGCAUCUUCGGCCCGAUCGUGGGCGGCUUCAUCGAGGAGUACGCCGACUGGAGAUAUACGGGCGUCGUGCAGGUUGCGUUCGGCUUUGCCAUUGCGCUGCUGCACCUGUUUACCCCGGAAACCAGGACGACAUCUGUGCUCGACAAGAUCGCCAAGAAGAAGCGCGCCUCGGAUCCUGCCUGCAACAUCUACGGUCCCGGUGAGCUCAAGAAGAAGAAGACGGACUGGGCCGAAGUAGGCCGGAUCUGGAUUCGGCCCUUCAUCAUGUUCGUCACGGAGCCCAUUGUCCUGUCUCUAUCCUUGCUCUCUGGCUUCUCCGACGCCUUGAUCUUUAUGCAGGUCCAGGCCUUCGGCCUCAUCUACCAGCAGUGGGGGUUCGGUCCUAUCAACAUCGGCCUCGCCUUCAUCCCUCUGUUCCUGGGCUACGUUGCCGCGUGGGUUCUCUUCAUCCCGUUCUACCGGCGCAACAUGGCAGCCAGGAAGGCCGACCCGAGCAACGAGCACGCCCAGUACGAGGCCCGCCUCAAGCCGCUGCUGUACCUCGCGCCGUGCCUGCCAGUCGGCCUGAUCAUCUUUGGCUGGACGAGCGGCGGCCCUCCUGUGCACUGGGCGGGCACCAUGGUCGGCAGCUUCAUCAUCGGCAUCGCCAACUACGCCGUGUACGCCAGCACGAUCGAGUACAUGGUGCGCGCGUACGGCGCCGAGUACAGCGCCAGCGCGACCGGAGGCAACGGCUGGGCGCGCGACUUCCUCGCGGGCGUCCUGACGGUCCCCGCGGUGCCAUUUUACACCAACAUUGCCGCCGACAAAGGGCUGAAUUUCCAGAUCGCCUCGACGAUCCUGUUUGGCAUCUCGCUGUUGCUGGUCGGCGCCGUGUUCUGGGUUUAUUUCAAGGGCGCCUCUCUGCGCAGACGGUCAAAGUUUGCCCAGGAGCUCGCGGAUGAGGGCAACUGA